AUGUUCUUGUGGAAAUGUCCCGAAGAAGAACAAAACUCAAUUCGUUUAUUUAGUUCCAUCCGUGUCUUUUCCUCUUUGACUAUCUUAAAGAGUGUUGCUGAAUUUAUCAUUGCAAUUAUCUCUCUCUCUCUCUCUCUCUCUCUCUCCCCGCUUCUUCUCACACUCUUCGCUUUCUUUCUAUUUCUCCUUAGGAUAUUGAAAAUGUUUCUCUUUUUUUCUUUAAUAAUAAUGAUUUCUUCAGAGUCUUAUUAUCUAUCUAUCUAUCUAUCUAUCUAUCUAUCUAUCUAUCUAUCUAUCUAUCUAUCUAUCUAUCUCAGUCCGUUCAUAUCUAUCUAUCUAUCUAUCUAUCUAUCUAUCUAUCUAUCUAUCUAUCUAUCUAUCUAUCUAUUUAAUGAGAUAGUUUUCUUUAUGCGAAGCGCUUUAUAUGAAGGUUUUCUUUCGUCUUCCUUCGACUCUGAUAUCCGUAAAAUCCUUUACUUCUCUGUAUUUCUAUGUUCAAUUGACUUUUCCCUCGCGUUUUCUAUAUUUUCUUUUCAACGUCACUUCUUUCUUUCUUUCUUUCUUUCUUUCUUUCUUUCUUUCUUUCUUUCUUUCUUUCUUUGCAUUUAUAUUUCCUCCCUAUCUUUCUUUGUCUCACUGUCAUACAAACUCUUCCCUUAUAUACACUUUCGCCUUGGGCACCUCGAGGCGGUGUAA